UGGUCAUUUCGCGACUCGGACCGCCUUGUUUGAUAGGAAACGUUGAAGGGAACGGAUAGAAUUGAGAGCAAAAGUGUAGGAUUAGAAUUUGGUGGGAGGAAUCAAGCCAAAUGCAGCAAAAAUGAUAGCAAAUCCAAACCUCAUAUCCUGCAAUUUCUUACGCUUUGGCCCUCUUCUUCAUGAUUCUAAACUUUAUAACCCAAAAACCUUAUUUUCACCAAAAACUCUAUUUUCCCUCAAGUUGAACAAUCGCAUAAACUUUCCCAUUCAUCCAUAUGAAAAGAAAAGAAACGCUCAAAUUUGUUUAAGUUCAGAAAUCAAAAACCCAAUUGUUCAAGAAAGAGAUUCUGGUGAAAAUGGGGUUGAAGGUGAUGAAGAUGGUGACAAUGGUGGUGGAGAUUGGACAACCUCGAUUUUGCUGUUCUUGUUCUGGGCUGGACUCAUGUACUAUGUUUUUAAUCUCUCUCCCAACCAAACCCCUUCAAGGGACAUGUAUUUCUUGAAGAAGCUCUUGAACUUGAUUGGAGAUGAUGGAUUCAAGAUGAAUCGAGUACUUGUGUCGCUUUGGUACAUUAUGGGUCUGUGGCCAAUUGCUUACAGCAUGUUACUGAUUCCCUCUGGUAGAAGCUCCAAAAGUAGCAUUCCUGUCGGUCCAUUCGCCACAUUUUCGUUUUUUGGAGGUGUUUAUGCUCUUCUUCCAUAUUUCAUUCUUUGGAGACCUCCACCACCCCGAGUUAAAGAAGCCGAACUAAGUAGCUGGCCUCUAAAUUUCUUGGAGUCAAAGCUAACAGCUGGGUUCUUGGGUGCUGUUGGACUAGGCCUUAUAGUAUAUGCAAGCUUGGCACAAGAUGAGUGGAAGGAAUUUUUUCAGUACUUCAGAGAAAGCAAGUUGGUCCAUGUAACUUCCCUUGAUUUCAGUCUUCUAUCUGCAUUUGCUCCUUUCUGGGUUUACAAUGAUAUGACAGCGCGAAAAUGCUAUGACAAGACAGCCUGGCUUGUUCCUUUAUCGAUAAUCCCUUUAUUGGGUCCUGCUUUAUACCUUUUGCUACGACCACCACUAACAACAAUACCCGUCUCACUUGAAAGUACGCUGAAGUCUGAUUGAUGAUUCAUAAUGCAAGUACACUGGGACUGGAUCUUCUAUCAGAUGGUGCACCAAAUGGCUUAAAUCGGGUGAAGAAGGUUGCUUUCACAUUGCUUAACAGAAAAGGAAACCGACAUACAUGGCUUGAAUCCAGCAGUAGGCGUCUUUCCUCUGCUUCUUAAUAUGAAUAUGGGUAUCAUUUAAGUCCGAGCAAACUUGCUAUCAUGCAUGAUAGAUGUCAUCAACCGGCUUUAGUUUAAGAAAUGGCAAUUUCAGAGCUCAUCAACAUCCUCAUAGGAAAGUAUUUGGGGCUUUUUUUACUAGGGUAACUUCUGCUUCCUAUGUAUAAUCAUACUUUCUAUUCUGCAGCUAUAAAAUGUCAGUAGAUUCAUUCACUUCA